GCUUGGAAGAGCUCAUGCGUGGAGCUUGGCAGAAGAAGGGAUACCGGGCUAGAAAGGGUGCAGAGGAAGGCGACUGGGCUCUCGUCCGACAGGGAGGGCGGAGCACGUUUAAAGGGGCCAAGCCCCGGGAUCAGGUGGGCAUUUAAAAGUACAGGUUCCGAAGAGAAGAGACACUUAAAGGUGCAAAUGCCCAAGAUAGAGCAAACUCUUGAGAAGAUCGCAUCGACAGAUAGAAGACAUUGAAAGUGGUCCCCUCGACCCUGUUCCCAGGCUAUGGCCCUCAAUGCCCAGUAGACCUGGCGGGGGCCCUGGGCUUGCGGCCCCUGUCUAGGGGUCUGGGUGGCUCCCGGAGGGCCUUGCAGAGGGGCAAAGGCAGGACGAUGGCAUCUGGGACCUCGGAACUUCCCCAGGGGCGCAUCGUGACAGCGGGCAUCAUCAUUGUUGGAGAUGAGAUUCUCAAGGGACACACUCAGGACACCAACACAUACUUCCUGUGCCGGACACUGCGGUCCCUGGGGGUCCGGGUUUGCCGAGUCUCUGUUGUGCCUGAUGAGGUAAACACCAUUGCAGCCGAGGUGACUUCUUUCUCCGACCGGUUCACCCAUGUCCUCACUGCAGGGGGCAUUGGCCCCACACAUGAUGACGUCACCUUUGAGGCAGUGGCACAGGCCUUUGGGGAGGAGCUCAAGCCACACCCUGAGCUGGAAGCGGCCAUCAGAGCCCUAGGAGGGGAGGGCUGGGAGAAGCUGACGCUGGUGCCCUCCUCUGCCCGCCUGCAUUAUGGUACAGAUCCUCACACCGGCCAUCCCUUCAGAUUCCCGCUGGUCUCCGUCCGAAAUGUGUACCUCUUCCCAGGCAUUCCCGAGCUGCUUCGUCGGGUGCUGGAGGGGCUGAAGGGCCUGUUCCGGAACACAGCUGUUCAGUUCCACUCGAGGGAGCUGUAUGUGGCCGCUGAUGAGGCCUCCAUCGCUCCCAUCCUGGCUAAGGCCCAGGCCCACUUUCGAGGGAAGCUUGGCCUGGGUUCCUACCCUGACUGGGGCAGCAACUAUUAUCAGGUGAAGCUGACCCUGGACUCCGAGGAAGAACGGCCUGUGGAGGAAUGCCUGGCUUACCUGACUGCCCAUCUGCCCCAGGGGUCGCUGGUCCCCUAUGUGCCCAAUGCUGUGGAGCAGGCCAGCGAGGCUGUGUACAAAUUGGCCAAAUCAGGGUCUUCUCUGGGCAAAAAGGUAGCAAGCGCCCUUCAGAUCAUCGAGGCUGCCCUGGCUCAGUACCACCUCACCCAGCUCUGUCUGGGCUUCAACGGGGGCAAGGACUGCACCGCCCUCCUGCACCUCUUCCAUGCCGCUGUGCAGAGGAAGUUUCCUGAUGUUCCAAAACCCCUCCAGAUCCUGUAUAUCCGCAGUGUCUCCCCUUUCCCUGAGCUGGAACAGUUUCUACAGGACACCAUCAAAAGGUACAAUCUGCAGAUGCUGGAGGCCGAGGGGGACAUGAAGCAGGCCCUGGGCGAGCUGCAGAGACGACACCCCCAGCUGGAAGCUGUCUUGAUGGGCACCCGAAGGACCGACCCCUACUCCCGUAGCCUCUGCCCUUUCAGUCCCACUGACCCCGGCUGGCCUUCUUUCAUGCGUAUCAACCCACUGCUGGACUGGACCUACAGAAACAUCUGGGACUUCCUGCGUCAGCUCUUUGUCCCCUACUGUAUCCUGUAUGACCAAGGGUACACGUCCCUGGGGAGUCGGGAGAACACGGUGCAGAACCCGGCCCUGAAGUGCCUGAGCCCAGGAGGACGCCCCACCUACCGCCCCGCAUACCUACUAGAGAAUGAAGACGAGGAGCGCAACUCGCGCAUGUGACUUCCCUCCUGAGGGCUGCCUGUCAAUACACCAAGCUUUUCUCUGU